GUGGCCUUAAGGCCCCGCCUCUCCCGCCGCCUCAGCCGGGGGCUCCAGGCACACAGGACACUGCGGCUCAACCGCCCGGUCGCAGGGCCAUGGGUCUCAGUCCCGCCUCAACCCGCUGCGAGUCUGCCCCAUCCGCCGCUUGACUGGAGGCCCAGGUGGUCAUCAUGGGCCAGUGCUACUACAAUGAGACCAUCAGCUUUUUCUACAAUAACAGUGGCAAGGAGCUCAGCCUUCACUGGCGCCCCAAAGAUGUCAUCGUGGUGGCGCUGGGGCUGGCAGUCAGUGCGCUCGUGUUGCUGACCAACCUGCUGGUUAUCGCAGCCAUCGCCUCCAACCGUCGCUUCCACCAGCCCAUCUACUACCUGCUUGGCAACUUGGCUGCGGCUGACCUCUUCGCUGGCAUGGCCUACCUCUUCCUCAUGUUCCACACUGGUCCACGCACUGCCAGACUCUCCAUCAAAGGCUGGUUCCUUCGACAGGGCCUGCUGGACACCAGCCUGACGGCGUCUGUGGCCACACUGCUGGCCAUCGCUGUGGAGCGGCACCGUAGCGUUAUGGCUGUGCAACUACACAGCCGCCUGCCCCGGGGGCGUGUGGUCACACUCAUUGUGGGUGUGUGGGUGGCUGCCCUGGGCCUGGGGUUGCUGCCUGCACACUUCUGGCAUUGCCUCUGUGACUUGGACAGUUGCUCACAAAUGGUCCCCCUCUUCAGCCGCACCUACCUGGCUGUGUGGGCCCUGUCCAGGCUGCUUGUUUUCCUGCUCAUGGUAGCCGUCUACAUUCGAAUCUUCUUCUAUGUACGUAGACGGGUGGAACGCAUGGCGGAGCAUGUAAGCUGCCAUCCCCGCUACCGAGAGACGACACUCAGCCUGGUCAAGACGGUUGUCAUCAUUCUGGGGGCGUUCGUGGUGUGCUGGACGCCUGGCCAGGUGGUGCUGCUCCUGGACGGUUUGGACUGUAAAUCCUGUAAUGUUCUGGCUGUGGAGAAGUACUUCCUGCUCCUGGCUGAGGCCAACUCACUGGUCAACGCCGUGGUGUACUCCUGCCGGGAUGUUGAGAUGCGCCGGACCUUCCGCCGCCUUCUCUGCUGUCUGUGUCUCCGCUGCUCCGACCACAAGUCUGCCCAUUACUCAUCUUCUGCCCGGACGGGUGCCAGCACCCGAAUCAUGCUUCCUGAGAAUGGCCACCCACUGAUGGACUCCACUCUUUAGCUACCUCGGAAUGAGGCAGGAGACAGGAGCUUCAUUGUCUACAGCCUGAAGCCACUUGCAGAGCCCCUGACUCAAUCCAGCCCAACAAAUGCAUGGCCCCUCAGCACUCCUCAGGCCCACAGAUCUGCCUGCCCCAAAGCAGGGUUUUGGGGACAUCUCAGUGCACCUGGCAGAGCAUCCAAAGGGGCUUGGCAAUCUGGCCCUCAAUCAUCUCAGGUUUUAGGGUUUUUAAACAGACAUUUUUUAUGUUUUUGCUGUAUAUCUGGUACGUCCUGUGCACUGCUUUUUCCUGCAUGGUGCUGUAGGUGUCAGGGUUGAAGAGGUGAGAUCUUUCCCCUGCUGCAGGGUAGACUACAGGUUGACCGUGUUCUGGAGGCUACUUUUUGGGUUUGUCUUUGAGAUGCUCUGUGUAGCUGAGGAUAGCCUUGAACUCUUGAUCCUCCUGACUCCACCUCCCAAGUGCUGGUACUGAAGCUGAUUCCUUAGGAGUAUUGAGCAGCCUCUGAGAGCUCACCUGCUUGCUUCUACUCUGAGACUGAGGUUGACAAGGUAGGUUUUUUUUGUUUUGUUUUUGUUUUUUGUCAAUUCAGACAACCUGUCCUCAUGUCCUGGCAUUAUGUAUCAUGACUCAGGGCUGCCAAGAAUGUCUUAACAUGGAAUCCCUUGGCCCAGGCUAGCUUUGAACUUGCUGCAUAGGCUAGGCUGGUCUUGAAAUUUAUCAUCUUGCUUCUGAAUCCUAUGGGAUUAGAGCUAUCUGCUACAACAAGCAGCUUCAGUCUUUCUGGAAUCUUGCAAAUAUUUUCUUUUGCCUCCAUCCUUUCUACUAUCCUUCUACUUGUCUUCCUCUUCAAAAACCUAGGGUGAUGUCUAGUUCCUGUGAGCCUUUUUCUUCUGCCUGCUCCCCUCCCCUCCUCUCCCCACCGCCACACACACACACCCUGUUCUUUUAGACAUGGGAUCUCACAAAGCAGCCCAGGCCAUCCUAGAACUCACUGUGUAGCUCAGGCUAACUGCAAACUCUCGGCUGUCUUCCUGCCACAGCUUCCUGAGUGACGUGGUAACAAGCCUAAGACACCAGAUUGUGAUGUGGCCCAUUUCUAACUGCACAGCCUAGAAAAGACACAGAUUCCACAGGGGGCCCAGAAAACUCCCAGGGAAGGGGCUUCAGUGUCCCAUGGAGCCUGGAAUUAAGUCACAAGUUUACCAGGGCUUUCUACUUUCUCAAGAAGUCCCCCGAAACCUCAGAUCUGCCAAGCCUGAGAUGAGUCCCUUCCCUGCCUAGAGAAGCCUCCUGGCAGGCAGUGUAGGCCAUGAACUUGGUUCCCUGCUCCACCUCACCAGAGAAGAGUCAGAGUUAUGUUCUCAUUUCAGAUCACAUGCAGAGUAACAGCAGGAAUUUGAGCCUCUGUCUUAUCUGAAGCCAAAUUCUUAAGGCAUUAAAGCAUCCAUUUCUAAGGAAUUGAAACAUCUCUGUUUCUACAGUAAAUGUUCCUGCUUUUCACACUGCUGGGACCUUGCACAUGCUAGGCUAGUUCUCCACCAAAGAGCUCCUGUCUCACAAACCAUUUCCAAAAGGAAAAUGAUGCAAGACUGAAUGGAAGGGCUGGAUAGUUCUUGAUCAGUGUGGUCAGUGUGCACCUACAGCCAGAAAUCUCCCAAGGUUAAAACCCAGGAACUCCUCCAGCCAGGUGUCCAUGAAGGACACUGCCCCUACCUCCAUGGAGCUCUGGGCCUGCUGGACAGUGACACUUUGGGUAUCAAGGCAGCCAAUCAAAUCCUGAACUGGGGACCCCUGAUGGCCUCCAGAAGUCAGCUGUCUUACCUAUACUUUGGCUAUCCCCCAUCAGCAUUGUCCAGAUUGUUGAGGAAUUUGCCUUGUCGGCUUUUAUGUAUUUUUUUUCUUUCCUUUCCCACUUAUAAGUCUUGUGAUUUUUUUUUUUGUUUGUUUGCUUCUUUGAGACAGGGUUUCACUGUGUAACACUGGCUGGGUUCAAACUCAAAGAGAUCCAUAAUGCCUGCCUCUUAAGAGGUGGCAUUAAAGGACAACGCCUAGCUGUGCAUAGUUUUGCACAUGUGCAGGUGUGUUCUUGUACUGUUGUGUGCAUGUGGAGCUUGGAGAUUAGUGUCAGAAGUCAUCCCUGAAGGCUUGGUCACCUUAGUCAACAAAGCAGGGUCUCUCAGUCAAACCCAAACGUCACCAAUACAGCUAGUCUCACUGGCCAGCUCAUGCUGGGAAAUCCCCUGUCUCUGCCAUCCAAGUCUUAUAGUCCAGUCUCUUCACCCUGGCAUUUGUGUGGAUUUUUGAGGUUCCGAAUUCUGGUCUUCACACUUGAGCAGCAAGCACUUUAAAUGCUAUGCCAUUCUCCCAGCCCAGCUUUUCCCUCUUGAUCUCUUCUCUGCUGGGUAGCAUCAAGUUUUUGUCUCUUUUAGGCCACUCGAACUUGUCCUCUCCUUCCCCCCAGAACAGGCCUGUGUAGUGCUGUGGCACUGGCUGGCCUUUUGUACAGGCCCCACUCUGCCCACCACGCCGAUUGCCCACCUUGCUGGGGGGGGGGGGGCAGGCCUAGGGUUUCCUUCAUCAGAGGGUUUCCCUUGUUUUUAUACAUUUGCAUUUCUUGCUGGGGACCUUGUGAAGUCUCCCCAUCUCCUCCAACCCACACACACACACACACACACACACACACACACACACACACGCUGCUUGAGUUUCCUCUUCAAUAACAACAGAAAGAAGAUGGCUUCCCAGUCGUGCUAAACCUUCAUGAAGCAUUCGCCUGAAUUGUCUCCGAGCAAAUGGAUUCUGGGAGGUUCUGUGACUCUGGAGAGGGACUGUGUCCCCUUUUCUUUUGCUUGAGGAGCCUGUUGUCUUAUCAUAAAUCCCAAACAAGAGAGACAAAAGGGAGGUUGAGAGUUCUGUAUGACUUGGGAUGUACCCGAGGGUAGGCCUUCAGUAAACAGUCUUCAUUCUUUAGCCAGACACUAGCUAUUGGGUAGAGCUGGGGUUGGAAGGGAUGAACACGUUUAAGGAGAUCAGGAGGCAAAGACCCUUUGCCAAGGUUCACAACAUGAGUUCAAGCCUUAGACCCAUAUGGUAGGUGAGAACCAUGUCCCGUAAUCCACACCCGUGCCAUGGUGUUGCAAAGGCAACACACACAUACAACAACAUUUUUAAAAGAAAAGAACAGGUUGUAGUCGCUCCUGAGCUGGCUCUUGAUAAAACAAUGUUUCAAAUUGACUUGCCUGGUAGAGAAAAGGACUCUGUUCUGGCUUUCUUCCUACCGUCUACACAUUUCUGGCCCCUCAGAUGGAUGGAAGAGGAAUAGAAAGCUGUAGAGAAAGUCAGGAUUCUGGUGACCAGCCAAGGGGGCUGCCUGAAGGGCCCAAGCUUUACGGGGAACAGCUGUUCCCUCCAGGCCAUAUGUGGUCACUGCUGUGUUGGAUCAGCAGCUGUGUUCGUUCACACACGACCUCACAAGAUUGGGCCACCAACAUGCUCCUGUAGGAGGAGAGGAGAGACAGAUGGGGCAGCUGUCCUCGCUGAAGAGAUGUAAACCUGUAGCGAUGGGGGAGGGGUGGUACGUUUCAACGCUGUGGCUACCCACGGGUCUGUAAGUAACCUCAAUAAAUCCCCUGGUUCACAAAACUGGA